AUGGGGGCUGACGCUGUGGCCUCUCUGCCGGCAGGUGUGGAGAAGUGUGAGCGGAACGAGUUCCAGUGUCGGACUGGCGAAUGCAUCCCUUACAAGUGGAUUUGUGACGGCAAGGCAGAGUGCCGGGAUGGCUCAGAUGAAUCCCAGGAGGCCUGCAGAUCUGUGACUUGUGAUCCGGGGCAGUUCAGCUGUGGGGGCCGCAUAAAUCGUUGCAUUGACAUGUCCUGGGUGUGUGACUCGCAAGCGGACUGUGAAAAUGGAUCGGAUGAAGAGAACUGUCCCCCUAAGAGCUGCGCAGCCAGCGAGUUCCAGUGCCAGAAUGGGAAUUGUGUCGCUAAGGAUUUUGUCUGCGAUCAAGAGGAUGACUGCGGGGACAGGAGUGACGAAGCCCACUGUCCAGCCCCCACCUGCCACUCGGAAAUGUUCCGGUGCAACGACUCCGCCUGCAUCCCCAAGCUGUGGGCCUGCGACCAGGACGCUGACUGCAAGGACGGCUCAGACGAGUGGCCGGAGCACUGCGGAGGAGGGGCCCAGAAGACCCGGCCUUGCUCCCCGCUGGAAUUCCACUGUGGGAGCGGAGAGUGCAUCCACCAGCGCUGGAAAUGCGAUGGCAGCUUCGACUGUCGGGACAAGUCAGAUGAGGCCGACUGUGUGAAAGCCACCUGCCGCCCGGAUGAAUUUCGCUGCGAUGACGGGACAUGCAUCCACGGAAGCCGGCAGUGCAACAAGGAGAACGACUGCAAAGACCUGAGCGACGAGGUUGGCUGUGUCAACGUGACAACCUGUGAAGGAACCAACUCCUUCAAAUGCCAUUCUGGGGAGUGCAUCUCGAUGGACAAGGUCUGCAACUCGCAGAGAGACUGCAGCGACUGGUCGGACGAGCCGGUCAAGGAGUGCCGAACCAACGAAUGCCUGGCCGACAAAGGGGGUUGUUCUCACAUCUGCAAUGACCUGAAGAUUGGGUAUGAAUGUCUGUGUCCGGAGGGCUUCCAGCUGGUGGAUCAGAGAAGAUGUGAAGAUAUUGAUGAAUGCCGCAGCCCUGAUACCUGUAGCCAAAUCUGCAUCAACCUGGAAGGCAGCUACAAGUGUGAAUGCCAGCAAGGCUAUCAGGUCGACCCGGCCACCAAGACCUGCAAAGCCAUCGGCACGAUUGCAUACCUGUUCUUCACCAACCGCCAUGAAGUCAGAAAGAUGACCCUGGAUCGCAGCGAGUACACCAGCCUGAUACCCCGUCUCAAAUAUGCAGUCGCUUUGGACAUGGAAAUUGCCAAAAAUGUCGUCUACUGGUCUGACCUCUCUCAGAAGAAAAUAUACAGCACCCCAAUCGACCUGGCUGGCAACCACUCCCAUCAUUCCACGGUGAUCAGGAGCGGCCUUCAGGACCCAGGCGGCCUGGCGGUGGACUGGGUGCACGGCCUCCUCUACUGGACCGACUCGCGCCUGGGCACCAUCUCUGUUGCCAGCACCGGAGGCCAGAAGAGGAAGACCCUGAUCCAGGAGGAGGGGGCCAAGCCACGAGCCAUUGUGGUGGACCCGGUGCACGGAUUCAUGUACUGGACCGACUGGGGAUCCUCUGCUAAGAUUGCCAAGAGCGGCCUGAAUGGAGUUGACAGUUUUGCCUUGGUGAAGGAGGGCAUCCAGUGGCCCAACGGCAUCACCCUGGAUAUGGCCAGCCAGCGCCUCUACUGGGUAGACUCCAAGCUCCACACUCUCUCCAGCAUUGAUGUGAACGGGAAGAACAGGAAGACCAUCCUGGUGGACGAGGAGAAGCUGGCCCACCCCUUUGCCAUCACCGUCUUUGAGGAUAAAGUAUUCUGGACAGACGUGCAGAACGAAGCCAUUUUCAGUGCCAACCGCAUCACCGGCUCAGAUAUCAUCAAAGUGGCGGAGAACCUGUUUUCCCCUGAUGCGAUGACUCUCUAUCACAAUGUGCGCCAGCCGAAAGGCAUCAACCACUGCGAGAAGAAUGGCAGCCCGAAUGGAGGCUGCCAGUACCUGUGUCUGCCUGCCCCGCAGAUCACUCUGCACUCCGCCAAGUACACCUGUGCCUGUCCCGAUGGCCUGCACCUGGGCCCAGACAUGAGGAGCUGCACCACAGAUAACCUGGUCCCUGGUGGUCCAGCCACUGUGCCACCUCCCACGAGGACCACCCCUGUAUUGCCACGCCCUACGGAUCCUGCCAGGCACCUGCCUGCUGCCCCCACCGUGCCGAGCGGUCCUGUAAUGCCACACCUCCCUGAUGCAGCCAGGUACAGACCCGGGCACCUGCCUGCUGCCCCCACUGUGCCAAGUGGACGCACCACGCCAGCUGUGGUCACCCUGUCUCAGGAAGCUCAAAAUGGCAUCGCUGCAGAAACGGGUGGUGAUACACAAGGUGGCCGAACGGCGCUCUCGGUUGUCCUUCCGCUGGUGCUGCUUAGCCUGAUCUCCUUUGGGCUCUUUCUGGUUUGGAAAAACUGGCGCCUCAAGAAUACCAACAGCAUCAAUUUUGAUAACCCUGUCUAUCAGAAAACAACCGAGGACGAGGUCCACAUCUGUCGGAGUCAGGAAGGCUACACGUACCCGUCGAGACAAAUGGUCAGUCUAGAGGAUGACGCGGCGUGAACCUUCGGCUCCCCUCUUCACCUGCCUUUGCUGCUCACUUAACUGGGAGAGAGAGCGAGAGAGAGAGACCUUUUGAGUUCUGGCUUCAGUUCCCUCUCAGCUGUCGGAGCCACCCCACCAUUUCUGGAGUGACCAGGGAGCCCUUGCUGCUGCUCUCCCACAGACAGUGCCUUGCUCACCUGGGGUCUUUGUCGUCCUGACCAGGUUGGGUUUUUAUGUGUUUGCAUAUUUAUUUUUGUCGACAAAGAUGCUGAUGAGGCCUCCUGCUGCUGCUACAUCUGAGGCUUCUUUAUAAACUGAGCAGCAGCAGGGGGAGGGGGUUCUUGGUCCUCCUGUGUGGGAAGGGGAGGCAGCCAACCUCAGGAGCCUCUGGUGGGGGCUGGCCCUUCUGCCCCUCCCCCUCGCUGCACUCCAAGAACCAACAGGCAGCUGUGGAGCAAGCUGGGAAACGGACCCUCCCCUCGGCAGGGCCUUCAAAGCCAAGCCCAAGGAGCAGCAGCAGAAGCUGCUGAAGUGAUCCCACCUGUGCCAGUGCUGCCACAACAAAGGUUCACUCACUGGGGCCAAAGGCAAAAGAACUCCAGAGACUGUCUCUUGCUCAGGUCCUGCUCCUCCCCUCUCCCCUGCACUUGGUGUUCCUUUGUUUGAGCCCUCCUCGUGACGUGUCUGUCUCGGUGUCUUUGCACUUGACUCCUUUGUCUCAUGUCACACGUGGCAAGAGAGAAGCCCAGACCAAGGAUGACGGGGUGGGGAAGGGAGUUCGUUGCACAGUUUGUGCCUUUGGUGCUGAUGGAGCCAGCAAGGGUGAGAUGGUGCUGGCCAAGACCCUGCAAAGCCAUCCUGCAUUCUGUGUUGACUGCGGGGCUCCAGUUGCCUUAACCUCUGUCUCCUUCAGCCGGGGAGCCUGUUUUCAACUCUGCCUCACUUUUUAAAUAUUUCACCCCUCCCUUUACUAAUUGGGGAAGGGGCUUCUAGGGUAAAAUGCAGAAUGGCUAACCGAUUCCCGUUCUGCAUCACGGUGGGGAGGAGCAUGUUUGGAGGGGGCGGGGGUGCUGUGGCCCUGGUGUCUCCUCCUCUUGCGGCCCGGAGGCAGGCAAGGUAGACAGCCCCCCCCCCCCUUUGGCCUCCUCUGCUCUCCUGAGUCAACCCCCCUUUAUGGGUCUGCCAGGCCAAGCCUUCCUUUGCAAGGGGGGGACUCGGUUCCUGGCCAAGCACAUCCUGUUCUCUCUCCCCGGAGGGGGGCGGGGAAAGCACUGUCCGUCCACUAAGGAGAAGCACUCAGACCCUUCUGGCCUGUCCAGCCUCUUCUCCUGAAGGGUGUAAAUUAUCUGUACAGUGUUGAGAGAGAGAGAGAGAGAUACUUCCUUUGCAUAAAAGUUGCCUUCUACUGUGGAUUUGUACAUAUGUUUAUAAAAUACAUGAUUUAUUUAUUUCUAAGGUUA